AUGCCGCGAGAUCGGUCUGAAGCAGACUAUAAUACAGAGGCGCCGGUCAGACCUCGAAUCAGGACUGUGUCACCGCAGGAACCGUGUCCGGAGCCAGUAACGCGUGUGAGUGCCUCCGGAACCAAGACCAGAGUCACAAUCACGAACGCCAAAGAUGCGAAGCCUGGACGCACUCGAAGUCCGAUCUAUGUGCCUCAUUCCUCUGGCAGCCGUCGUCCAGCGCGCUCCAGCUAUAAUCGAGUAUAUACUCUUCCACGAAACCGGACAUCCGAGACUACCGCUGACGACCGCUUGACUAGAGAAUACGAGUCUAAGGGACGUGAAGGAGACGAUCAAGAGCGAUAUGAUUCUGAAGAUGAAGAACUGCUUCCUGACCUUGAUGGUGAACUCUCAGGAUUGAACUUCGACUUCACAUUCUCGGCUUCUGGUGAGAAGACAAAUAGCGACUCAUCUGAUGUGAACCCCACGGUUGCGUCAGCUCUUGGUAGUGCACUGGGAGGAGCAAUAGCAGAGACUGCCAUUGAGCGCUCAACAUGGUUGGGCACCGCGCUUGAUGAGUGGUCCUUCGGCGCAGAGCUCUUCGUGUCUUCGUCAAGAUCUACAAAGAGGAAGCCGGCAAUACGUUGGCUUCAUUUGGAGAGAAGUCUGAUGACUUUUGAGGAAUUUGUCGCUGUUACUCGCUCAGCCAUGGAUUGUCCGCAAGAAGACAAACGGCAUGUCGAAGGGGUGCUCUUGAAAGCGCAAAAGGAACACGAAAUGCAACGACAGCGUGGGCGUGAAAUGGAGCCGUUCUGCAUCGGUGAUGUGGACUACCAAGAUGCAGGCCCACAAGAAAUGCGAACAUCGUCUAUCUGCUUCUUGAGCUUUCCCAGCUUUUCUCUUGAGCAGGGUUCCGGCGACCGCAUUAAAGCUCUCCCAUUUGGCUCACCAGAGCACCCGUCGACGCCCCUGGUGCAAGUACAAACCCGCACGGCCAAUGAAAGACGCGAGCUAGCUCAAGCCAUCGCUAGCCUAUCAACUACGAAGAAAGGAGCAUACUUACAUGUUGCUAAUGUCUGGUGCCUCAUAGUAAACGAAGCACUCAUCAUAACCUGCAGCAAAGCCUCCCUCAAAGAGCUUCAACAGGACGCGAUCAUCCAUUCUCCGGCUGAAGAUGGAGGUAGUUACACAAUUGUCAAAGUUGGAAGUGCUCGGAGCUGGCAAAUUCCUCGAAGCCUAUCCCUCUCUCUGCCAUCAACAGUUUCAUAUUUCACCGAUAAUUUGUCAGAGAUGAUGGGAUUUGACCCUGAUGCGGUGUUUAUGCGGCAGACCCGAGUCCUGGACUCCGUUACAUGGCAAGGCGCGUUGAGUCAUGAUACUCGAUCUAAUGUCGAGAUCCGUCUUGAAAAGCCGGUGAACUCCAAUCUGAAAGCCAACAUGGCAAAGACCAUGCAGGAAGCGCGAGAGGCGUUUUGCCCGGUCUCUGAGAAAUAUCAGCCUGGAAUAACAUCAACUCCCAGCGACGAGAAAGAGUCGACUGUCAGCUCGAUACAGGUGACUGGGUCUCGCACGAAAUUUGCUGAGGCAGCAGAAAUUGGGCACAUUAAGAUUUUCUUAUACGCCAGUAAUGAGUCAAAUGCAACAUUGUCCCAGGUCUCGGAUGCAAUGAGCAACACACUUGCAGAAAACAUCCAAUCUGCUUUGAAGGAUAGUUACGCUACAUGCCCAGAAGCCUCCCGCGCGGAUGUCCAGGCAUGGCUGGCCACUUUUGCAGGCGAUACCAGCUUCAAAUCUCCCCAAUCUGGCACCGCGAUAGGUAAGACUCUGGCAUCUAGGAAGGAAUGGAUUGCCUUGCUGUCGGAGUACGUCUUUGGCUUCUUCUUCCCCCUCGACUUCGACCACUUGUUGACAAGAAAAUUCUGGGGCGCCCUUGAAAAUCUUCUUCAAGCUACUACCUUCUAUGGACAUGGUGCCGAGGAUGUGGAAUACGAUCGCCAAAUGGCAGGAGAAUUCCUAGCACUGCUCCUCAAGGACCUUGUUCCCUAUAUUGCGUCAUUGUCGAAGGCUUUCUACGGUCAUGAAAGCAAAACUCCGUGUGCACCAGAUCACUUCUUCAGGGCUUGGCUGCACAUCAUUUCUGCGUUCGUACUCGCAUCAGAAAUCAAGUUUAAGAGGAGUCGUCGGAGGGCUUGGAGAAUGCCUCUUGAACAGCUCAUAUCUGCUGGGAAACAGCUCGAGGGUGGCGAGCGUGCUAUCACAAUUACCCUCAGGAACGGUGUGGACAUUUCGAAGUAUGAAGUGUGCUCGUCUAGAGGCCUUGUUGCCCUGGUUCUUGAUCGUCUCAGCAAUGACUUGAUUCACCGCGGUCCCAAUGUAUCGCAGGUCUAUGCUGAUUAUUGCCAACAAUUGGAAGCAAAGAUGCUGGGCGACCCCCUCAAUCGUUCUCACCAAGUGACGAUCCGAGCCCUUCAUCAGGAACUGGAAGCCGUGACAAGCACUCUCACAUCGCAGUUAGAUGUUGUCAACGUGUUCGAAAGGACAAAUCAGCAGCUUGAUGGUGGUACUGAGCUGCCGAAUCUGCAAAUCGUGCGUGAGAACCGACAGGACGAUCUCAUUGCGCAAACGAAGGCUACAAUCAGCUCUCGCAUCGACCAAUUCAAAGCGCUGCAAAAUCGAACCACAGACCUCGGGGACUGGCACUUAGCCGAGAUCGACACCAACAAAGAUCGCCAGGAGGCUGCUAUCAUGGUCUUCACAGUCGUCACCUUGAUCUUUCUCCCCCUGUCAUUCGUGGCAAGCGUUUUUGGCAUGAGCACCAGCGAUAUUCGCGAUAUGAGCCAGGGCCAGUGGCUGUACUGGGCAGUCGCUAUUCCCGUGACGGUCGUGGUCGCUGGUGGUAGUCUGUGGUGGACGGGUAUGUUUGGUGACUUGGGUGCGUGGCUGUCAAGACCUGCGACCAGCUUGAGAUCCGAGUCCCUGUCGCCGCGAGGCAAGAACAAAGCGGUGGCGCCAGAAGUUCGUGAGGCGCCUACUAGGCUGCCACCUGCUGCAUCCAGGCGCAGAACGACUUAUCCGGUCAAACGUGGGUAGGAGUAUGGUUAGCGAGUCUACAGUGCAUCUCACAGAUAGCUUACGUAAUUGCUCCGAUGCUUCG